AUGGGGUACUCCACGUGGUGGAAGGGCUGGUCGCCCAAAAAGCUAAACGUCGCCAUCCAAAUAUUCUCCCUCGUGAGCAUCUUCUUCGAGGGCUAUGACCAAGGUGUCAUGGGCGGCGUCAACUCCUCGCCCUACUACGUUACCGAGGUUGGCAUCGGCGAACCGGACGGCACGGUCACCGAUACCGUUCAUCAGGGUGGCAUCGUUUCCGUCUAUUAUCUAGGCUGCAUCUUUGGCUCAUUUGCCGGAGGAUGGGCCGCGGAUAGGAUCGGUCGUAUCAACGGACUCUUCAUCGGCUGUCUCUUCGCCCUGGUCGGAGGCGCUCUCCAAGCGGCCGCCCAAUCCAGCGACUUCAUCAUCGUCGCCCGCGUCAUCACCGGCAUCGGCACCGGCGCCCUCACCGGCAUCACCCCCGUCAUGAUCUCCGAGACCUCCACCGCCGACCACCGCGGCGGCUACCUCGGCUACGUCUUCAUCGCCAACUAUCUCGGCAUCUCCGUCGCCUACUGGAUCUCCUUUGGCCUCGCCUUCGUCAACAACGGCUACUCCGACGCCAGGGAGGUCCUGGAGCACGUGCGUGGCCGCUACGACGCCGAGGUCGAGCGCGAGUUCUUGGAGAUUCGCGCCGUCGCCGAGCACAGCUCCCCGAGCAGCCCUCUGCAGUUUGUCAAGAUCCUCGUCGGCCGCGGCAGCAAACCCAACGAGAACCUCGGCCAGCGCGCGUGGCUUUGCCUCUUCCUGCAAAUCAUGGCCUCUUGGACCGGUAUCACCGCCGUGACUGCCUACUCCCCUGUCCUCCUCUCCGCCGCCGGAUACCCCACCCUCACCCAGAACGGCCUCGCCGGCGGCCUCAACACGGUGGGUAUCAUCGGAACCAUCAUCAGCGCCCAGAUCGUGGACCGUCUCGGUCGCCGCAAGUGUCUGAUGGGCGGCUCGGUUGCCCUCUUCGCCGUCAAUCUCAUUGCUGGUGCCGUCUAUGAGGCCUCGCGUAACCAGCCCGAGAAAGCAUCCCAGUACGCGCCGGCCGCCGUCACCAUGCUUUUCCUCUUCAACAUCUGCUACGCCGCUACCUGGGGCACCGUCGCCUUCCUGAUCCCCACCGAGAUCUGGUCGUCCGAGAUGCGCGCCCAGGGCAACGGCUUCGGUAUCACGGGUUGGGCUAUUGGUGUCGGCAUGACCGUCCUGGUCAACCCCAUCAUGUUCGAUGUCUUUGAGAACAGGACCUACUUCUUGUUUGCUGGUCUCAACCUCCUUUGGAUACCCGUUGUAUUCUUGUUCUAUCCCGAGACCGCCAACCGCUCUCUCGAGUCCAUCGACGCCUUGUUCAGCGCCAAUAGCUUCUUGAACCGUAAUAUGGAGAAGAACUACAGGGAGCACAGCGACGUUUUGGCGGAGCACGCCCAAGCCGCUCCUGCGGAAGCCCCCAAGGGCGUAUCAUCGAGCGAUGACGGCUCCAACCAUGGUGCUUUGGCUGACCAUGCCGAGAAGUCCGCAGUUUAG